AUGGAUGACAUCCAUGAUUUUGAUACAAUAGAUUUGGAGCUGGAUGCGUACUUCAAAAAGAAACAAGCUUCCCGAUGCAAAGAUGAAUUUCUCAAUAUUCUAUGUGAAGAAGACGAUUACGAGGCAGUAGAUGAUGCUCAAACUGAAAAUGAUGCUCAAACUGGAAACGAUGCUCAAACUGGAAUCACUAAAGAAGAAUCAGAUGAAGAUUAUCUGGAAGGUAGUAACGAGGAAGGUAGUGAUGAGGAAUUUGAGUAUUACACCCACAAUCCAAAGGUGAAAUGGAACAAAAUGAGACCAAUGCUUGGUGAAAGGUAUGAAUCCCCACAUGAACUGAAACUGUGUUUGACGAACUAUGCUAUUAGUAAGGGUUUUCAAAUCCGUUUCAAAAAAUGCGAUAGUGUUAGACUAGUGGCAAUAUGUGGAAGUGAUCCAGAGAAGUGUCCAUUUGUGGUUAGGGCUUCUUGGAUGACUACUGAAAGAUCAAGGAUGAGGGCACUGUCAUUAAUUCAUGGGAAUUUUAAUGACCACUACGCAAGAGUUUGGGAUUAUGGGCAUGAGCUACUGAGGUCCAAUCCAGACAGCACAGUUAGGAUUACAGUUACUGUAAACCCUGAUAAUACCACAACAUUUCAUAGAUUCUACAUUUGCUUUAAAGCAAUAAGAGAGGGGUGGAAAAAGGCAUGUCGUAGGCUAAUAGGAUUGGAUGGUUCUUUUUUGAAGGGACAGUGUAAGGGUGAAUUGUUAACUGCAAUAGGUAGGGAUGCCAGUAAUCAGGUGUAUCCUACAGCUUGGGCAGUUGUUGAUGUAGAGAACAAGAACAACUGGAAAUGGUUCCUGGAUUUGGUUAAUGAUGAUCUUGGAUUGCAGGGUUGA